CUCAGGCAGUCAGUUGUGCGAGCGGUGCGAAUCGCGACUCGCCGCUUCGUACUCCGCAAUAAUUCAUAUUGCUUAAUCAAACAUGUCAAGAUUAUUUAGUGACGUUGUGUUAACGAAUAUGAACACGAUAGUGUUAGUGGAAAGUUGAAGAUGUAAACUUAUGUACACAGGACAAUGUUUCGAUAAUAUUUACGAAAGUACAGUGAGUCCAUUAACAAUGGAUUACAAUUUGGAUUAAGUGAGAGUUAAUUUUAUAAAUCGUGAAAAUGGAGGGUGCUAUCCUUAGCACCCAGAGUAAUAACAGAUUUCGUGCACACCUGAAGAAUGCUGCCACAGCGUUGUGCGCUCGUACUCUGCCAAAAUCGAGGAGUAAUGAUACAGCUACAAGUAGCGCGAAGCAUCACACCUACCCGAGGGCCACACCGCCGAAGCGGGCACCCAUUUUAUGCCGGAUGGAGCCGCUAAUAUGCGAUUUGCCUGCUCCUUUGAAAUCGAAUGACAUCAAAAGUGAUGUCAAUCACACGCCUAAAUCGAAUGGUGUUAAGUUGCCGGGAACUUUGGCUAGGGAGGUGGCGAACGCCUGGGAGUGCCGCGUGGGACCGCCCGCCCAACCCGCGCCCGCCUACAUCGUGCAGAGCCUCUUCAACGAUUUAGAACUAUAUCCUACUAAGACUCAGGUUUUUGAGAUGCUGGUUUGUGCGCGCCAGUGUGCUCGACGGAAAUCCCUGAUCCUCACUUUUGGGGAGUUUUGUGUCUUCGCUGCUGAGUUGCGACGGUGCUCCAGGCAGACGAGAUCGACUUCAAAUAAACCUGAGUCGCCAGUUUGGAGUGUCGACAAAGAGCUAAGAGAGAAGGAUGUCUGUAAACAUGUUAAUGGUAGCGAGGCGUCGCCAGCACCGUGCGAGGUGUUUUUGGGCGGCUCGUGCAACCCUACCACUUGGAGAUCGGAUAUUGCUAUACCGAUGCUUAAGCAAAUGGGAAUCACAUAUUUUAAUCCUCAAGUAGACGACUGGUCGACAGAGUUAAUAGAAGUCGAGCACCGCGCUAAGGCAAAGGCGCGUGCGCUGUUAUUCGUAUUGGACAGCGAGACGAGAGCUGUCGCGGCUUGCGUUGAGGCAGCACACCUCGCAGCUACACCCAGGGAUCUAUUGCUGGUGUUGAGGCCGUAUUCCAGACAUCAGGCUAUCGGCAGAGAGACGAUAUCAGAUCAAGAGUACAUAGAGCUAUCUCGUGCCCGAUCGACGUUACAAGAAGUAGUGGAAAGGCGAGGCCUACCCGCCUUUACAGACAUCCCGGCUGCCUUACGAUGCGCCCGGGCCGUAUUACGAGGCGCUAGAACGCAUCCCAGACAUUCUCUUGGCCACACAAUUCUUCGACUCAAAAGGGCAUACGACGCAGCCGGCGGUCGAAACGCGUGGUUGACACGCGCACGCGCAAUAGAUGCGUUAAAAGAGGCGACGCGUGCGCCCCGAGAUGUAGCAGAGCGCGUUUUGCCACCAAACGCAGAUACAAUUGACUUUGAAACAUUCUGCGGAGCCGUCGCCGAGUUAGCUGCUGAUGCAGGGUCCCGGCGAAGUAUGAGCGUAGCAGCGCGUGUACGACGCGCGUUUCGUAAUCUCCGCGAUUUUAUCACGUCACCAACAACACCCGAAUACCAACGUAACAAGGGUCAAGAGAAGGAAGCGGGUGAAUCAGCAAGUACGCAAGAGCGAGUGUCGCCGCUCGCGCCACGCGAUUCUAACGGAUAUGCUCGUAAUCCACGGCUACGUGCGCAUGGACAGAAAUUGCCUUUAGUUAUACCCAAGAAUGGUGGCAAGACAGGCGAGGAGUCAGGGUCUAGCAGCGCCGAUAGCGUCUUCACCCCAGGCACUGAACGACGCUUGGAGCGAUUGCCCGCACUGCUCGGUGCGCCUGCUCAUCAUGUAUACCUUGCAGGAACUUUCCCCUCAAACAGUCGACGUCCCGAAGAUAUCCUACGUCGCGAAGGUUUCACAUACGUGAUACCUAGAGUCAACGACUAUACACGUCUAUUUUCAACGCCCACCCGUCGCUCUGCGCCGGCGCAUCCCGAAUCGCCGUGCAGAGAUAAAAAGCCAAGGCCCGCUUCGCCAAUUUCGCCGCUAGAGGGCGUUGAACUAAGGGAAAAAAAGGAAGAGAAAAGCACGGAUAGAUUGAGCGCGUCUGACUUCUAUACUGUCACGGAGGAUGUUACGCCACAGCCUUUUAAAGGAACCUUUGAUGAGGACCUGCUGCUAGGUUCACGCGUAUUAGUGUUUUCGCUGUCAUCGUCAUCGCCUAACUUCGCGACAAUGGUGCUAGCGGCGCACUAUAUGGGCCUUCGCCCCGCUAACACAUUACUCAUCGUGCAACCGAUGCAGGCCCCGCCUACUACCGUGCAUCAGUUCAGCGAAGCAGCGGUAAAGGACUACAACCGAGGACGGCAUUAUCUAACAGACCUAGCUCGUCGCGCGGCCGUGCCUGUCUUUGACAACGUUGAAGAAGCCAUGGCCUGCGUACUUAACCGAUUGCGCACGUAGUCGUUCAUUAGUUGCGUACGUAUACUUGGAUAUUAUAUGCCGUGUUUAUUGUUUACACAAAUAUAUUGUCGCUUUUCGUCUACGGCGGGUAUAUGUACAUAUUAUGAAGAGAUUAACAUAGCUUAAUUAUUAGUAACUCAAUACUGGUAUCUACAUAGCACCUGCAAAGCCGGGGCACAGUAGUAAUA